AUGAAGCUGUGGCAAACUAGUGAACCUGAGGCUCCACAGGAGGUUGCAGGAGCUAGUAACAUAGAUCUACUCCAUCCUUCCACCAUGCCAGUGACAUCAACUGUUCAAACACCACUAUUGUUUAGAGGCACCCUUAAAGAAUAUCAGCUGAAAGGUCUUCAGUGGCUGGUCAAUUGUUAUGAGCAGGGUUUGAAUGGCAUUCUUGCUGAUGAGAUGGGCCUCGGAAAGACCAUUCAGGCUAUGGAAUUUUUGGCUCAUCUAGCGGAAGAUAAAAAUAUAUGGGGACCUUUUCUUGUUGUUGCUCUUGCAUCUGUAUUGAACAACUGGGCAGAUGAAAUUACCCGCUUUUGCCCUGACUUAAAAACUCUUCCAUAUUGGGGUGGGCUUCAGGACCGUACAGUUCUGAGGAAAAUAAUCAACCCGAAGACACUAUACUGCAGGUAA